AUGGCGCAAAAGUUACCCCCGCUGAGAUUUGUGAGAUCGGUAUUAAAAUCCUUCAUGGCCGAGUCCGGCUUGGAGCCGAGGCUACUGGGACCACACUUCAGAGUUACGAACGCCGCUGCAGGGAAGGUCGAUUUCGAAUUGGAUAUCACUAAAGACCACACAAACCGUCUAAAAAUCAUACACGGGGGCACAAUUGCUAGUAUGGUAGACCUAGGGGGUUCCCUAGCCGUCGCAUCGAUGGGGCUUUACGCUACAGGCGUGUCAACAGAUCUAAACGUCACUUACCUAAGCAGCGGUGGUAAAGUUGGCGACAAGAUCACCGCUACCGCCGUUUGCGAUAAGAUGGGCAAGACACUAGCUUAUACGUCUGUAACUUUUCGGAACGCCAAAGGCGAACUCGCUGCAAGGGGAAGUCAUACUAAAUAUGUAACGCAAGCUUGGAAGGCGCAAGAAACACCAUUCACACCCCCUGAUAAUGCAGAGAUCGAAGAGGCGUAG